AUGUCUGCUGCUAUUACUUCUUUAACACCAAAUCAAGUCAACGAUGAGUUGAAUAAGAUGCAAGCUUUUAUUAAGAAGGAAGCUGAGGAAAAGGCUAAGGAAAUAAAAUUAAAGGCUGAUCAGGAAUAUGAAAUCGAAAAAAGUUCGAUUUUAAGAACAGAAAUAUCUAAUAUCGAUUCAAAUUUCGAGGAUAAGUUAAAGAAAUUAAAAUUAAAACAACAAAUUAAUAAAUCUACAGUUAAAAAUAAAAACAGAUUAAAGAUUUUAAGUGCAAAAGAUGAAAUAUUGAAUGAAAUCAGUGAAGUAACAAAACAGAAAUUAAUCGCUUUAUCAAAAAAUCAAGGUGAAUAUAAAAAAGUCUUGCUAUCUUUGAUUGUCGAAGCCGCCUUAAGACUAUUAGAUACUGACAUCGUCAUUAGAGUGAAAGAAUCUGACUCUAAAUUAGUAUUGGGAUUGAUUGAUAAUAUAAAGAAGGAAUACAAAGAAAUUUCAAAGAGAGAUGUUGAAGUUUCUGUAUCAGAGUCUUUCUUGCCAAAGGAUUCAAUUGGUGGUGCUAUUGUCUCCGAUGCUGCGGGAAAAAUCGAAGUGAACAACACGUUAGAGGAAAGAUUGAAUUUAUUGAAUGAAGAAGCUUUGCCUGCCAUUAGAUUUGAAAUAUACGGUCCUUCCUCAACAAGAAAGUUCUUUGAUUAG